UGCAAUUCGUGCAACGCUAGUGUUGGUGGUACAGGCGGGAGAAGAACGCGGACCUUAGUCGUUGUUUCCGUAGAAUGUAACCAUAAUAAACAACUGUUCCAAUCCUUGAAAUGAGGAGAGCCACUGAAAAGCAAGUACGCCCCGGAACAUUUGCAGAAUAUUUAUCCCCAAGAAGUAGAGGGAUGGACCUUGCACUCCAGCAGUACUCAGUACCACAUUUCACAUCUUUUUCCCAGGAGACCCCAAUGAAACCCUCUCAAGUACCUAACCUGCUUUCUCAUCCUCACCCCAGGAGAAUGUUGCCACUCCAAACGCCUGAGCAGUCCAGCAGGGACAGAUACAGUCAACAUUCACACCAUCCACCUUCAGCCAGUCCAAUAUAUUCUACAGGGUUUGUUCCACAUAGGCCUGAAAUUACUAGACCUCUAGCAAAUCCUUUUCCAACUGACAGAGUUCUUCCUCCAAAGCACUUUGCUCAACCUCCUGAGCUUGCUUCAAGCAGGUCUCCUUUCACUGGAAGUUCAGUAUAUGGACAUGAAACUACACCAAAAGAAAGACUGGAUUCAAGGCUGCAAGUUGUGCAAUCCGUGCCAAAACAGCAGGUCAGCUCUUCUCAGUUUGGUCCAGCCUGCUCAACCAACAGUAAUACUUCCACUGAUGGACCCUGUACCCCCAGUGUAUUUCAUCAUGUACCCUCUACAUUCGUGAAGAAUUUAAGCAAUCACUUCCCUUCCCACCACAGCAGUGGAAAUCAAGAGACUGUUUCCAAGGUCAUUUCCUCUCAUUCAGAAAGCAACAAUGAAACAAUGAAAAAACAAGACUCAAAGAAGGCUCAGUCCAGUGAAGUCAGAAGUUCCAUUCAAACUGUCCAGCUGCAAAAACCUCCUGUGAGCCUUACAAGCCCUUCACUCAUUAGCAGUGCAGGCCCGGAAGUUCAACUGCAGCCCACUGCCGACUUCAACGAUUGCCAUCCUGUCAUCAGCCAUUCACCCUCAAAGGGCUUCCAGAAUCCUUUGAAUACACAGAAUUUGGACUGUAGUACUGGUUACAAUUCACCCGUCAUGAACAGCCCUGUGUCUUCAUCGCAGAGCCCCCAACAGCAACAUGAACGAACACCAUCAAGUUCAAGAUCAACUCCAGCUAUUGAUCUGCAUUGUACAUCUCAGAAGAGGCACAGAGAGUCUGAGCACUGUUCUGAGAACUCCAAGAAACUGUGCACUCAGGAUGCAAACUUGAGCAAAAAGCAGACAAACAUACCUACACCUAGCAACACGCCAAGCACUUCAGUAGUUUCUAAGCCAUCAUCUAAGAAUUCUUUAGUUUUGGAACAACCUCCCAAAACGACCGACAGCCAUGUGUGUACAGAGCUGGUAUGUGGACAAUCAGCAUAUUCAUCCAACUGUCAAUCCACCCAUUCACACAGCACAUCUUCACCUAAACAUUGUACAAAGAGAGAGCCAUCAAAGCAAGCUCACACAGAGUCCACUGAUAAGAAGGCAGGAAUACGUAGUGCAUCUUCCAAGUCCAAUGAAAAAAGUGUGAAAAGAAAUGAGGAAAACCGUAAAACUGAUAGAUCAACGUCCUUGUCAGUUUCUCUAAAAGAAUUUUGUAAAUCACCUCACAUUGGGCCACUUAGCCGCUGCUCUGGUCACAGUGCCUGUAGUACUCCUAUCAAGACCCCAAGCAAGGAUACUCAUUUGGGGGAGAGUAAAAAAUCAGACUGUAACACUUUCAAACCAACAUCAAAACCAAAUUCUGAUUCUUCAAGUCAUUGCGCAGUAGGUAGCAGUAAAACUAGCUGUCCACGAAGAUCUGUCCCAGAUGAUUUAUGUGAUCUUUUCACUCCUGAUCCCAUGACCUACAUAGUCAGCACUGCACGUAAGACUGCAAAGCCUAAGAUGGAGGAGAAAAUGAUCAAAUCACCGUCCUCUGAGAAAGGUUCUUGCCCUUCAUUCAACUGCAGUACUCCAGUUAUUGGAACUGGUUCUCACAAAACUCCACAUUUCAGAGUAACGGAAUCUCCACUCACAGCGCCACCCUCAACAUGUACAUCCCAUGUCUCAUUGCCAAGUGUGACUUUGAAGCACACAAAAGUGAAAAAACUAAAACAUUGUUCCAAAGAUAAGGGACAUAAAAAAUGUCCCAAAGCUUUUUCAGGCACACAGAUUAAAGAUGAGAAUGUUAAAUCUGAAGACAAAGGCACACCUCUCCUCCCCAGCAAUGUGGGUUCAUGCCCUUUGGAGACUGGCACUGGAACAUUUGAGCAAACCUCUGUAUCCCAGUGUACUCAGUCUCUACCACCAGAGGUGCAGGAAAAUGAAGGGAAUCAAAAGGAGAUAAAAGAAGAGAAUUCCAUAGAUGAGGAACUGGACCUAGGCCUGAGCAUUGCCUAUAAAGUAAAUCUAACUCAGAGUUCAAAUAGCAGUGAAGAAGAGCAGUUAAUUUCCUUAAAGGAGAUGAUGGAGCGUGUUGCCAAGCCUCCAGAUACACCAGAGAAGGGGACCUUCUCCGAGCCAGCUACACCUGUACAUAACAGCACCCAGCCAAAAACUCUUUUACCAUCCACCACAAAGCCAGGUGUCUACAAGAACAGUCUUGACCAGAUGCUGAUAGAGAUGAACAGCAAUAAAAGAGCUAAGGAGGUGGAGGCACAGCUUCUAGUUACAUGUAAAGAAGAACUGCUGAAGAUAACAGAGUAUGAGGAGGAGAACCAGGAAGAAGGCAUCUCUGCUGAGCAGCAGGAAUUCCUGCAGCGUUACUCAGUGAUGACUAGUGCAAUCAGGGAUGUGCCUCCAGGAGAAGUAGUGUUCAACUUGGACAAGUUUGGACAGAUCUUCAACCAGAAUACACUGCAGCUCAGACAGUGUAUGGUCAAUCCACAGGGGACAGCACAGAAAACACUUCUUUGGUCCAGCCCUGCUCAGCUGAGACUGCAUGUGAAUAUUGGGUUAUUUCAGGAAGCUUAUGACAGAGACUUGCCCUGUCCAGCUGAGGUUACCCGUUUCCUAUUCAAGAUGAUGUCGGUCCACUCUGAGAGGAUGCUGUCUGAAAAGAUGCUACAAGCUCUGUGUGACAUUGCCUGUUCUGCUGCUUAUCAGAUAGUGAAAAAUGGGAGCAAGGAGUUUGAAGUGUGGGUGCCAAGUUUGGCUGAUGUGACACUGGUACUGAUGAACAUGGGUGUUGACUUUGUUACACUCUUCCCUUUUGAAGAGCUACAGCCUCCAUUCAGUGAGGGAGAUUUGCUGGAGGAUGUCUAUAUUAUAACUGAGAGUCCCUUCAUUAACAAGGAGCAAAUUAUUUAUCCUGAACAUAACUGCAGCAACAUCUUUAAGUACCUGUCCUACUGUAUGGGCCUGUGCCCCCAAGCGUAUAGUGACGACGAGCUGCUGAUGUUGCUAACCAUGAUGGGAACAAUCAGCCUGGACACACAGCGCAUCCUCCAGUCCACUGUGGAAGUGACCAGUCUUCAAUAUAAAAUUGUCAACAACAUCAGGGAUUGGGACACUCAGCUACCCAGAAUCUGUCAGGCCUUUACGAAUUUAACUAAUGAUCAUCACAACAUGUGCCUUCUAGUUCAACUCCUGCCUGACAAUACACGGGGAAAACAGCUUCGGCGACAUCUUAGCCUGUCCAUGAUCUCAAAGUUGUUGGAUGGAAGUUGCACCUACAAACCUCAUCAGAAUGAGUUCCAGCUUGCUGACUUAAGGCCGUACCUCCCCCGAAUACAACCUUCUGCUCUUCUCCGGAGCCUGCAAAAAGAUAAAGAAGAGGACAUGGCCACUCUAGACCAACAGGCCUAUUACCUGUGCUCUAGCCUUUUGACUCUAACAAAUGAAGCAUCCCAUCUUCAGUACUUCCCACCUCAUCAGAAGGAGCAGCUGCUUCUUUUGUCAUUUGAGCUGGAAACCCAUGUCAAGUGUGACAUCAGAGAGAGUGAGAAAUGUCUUUACCGCAGCAAGGUAAAGGACCUUGUGGCCAGGAUCUACACUAAAUGGCAGAUGCUCCUUCAGAAGACUAAACCUCUUAAUGGAAAGCUGUAUGAUUAUUGGCAGCCUGUGGAGACCUUUAGGAUCAGCCAAGAUGAUGAAGAAACUGAGGAUGAAACCAUUUCAAGUGAUGAAGAUGAGAAUGAUGUUUUAAGUGCUGAGGAAAAUGAGGCAGAGAUGGAAGAAGAGGUGUUGGAGACAGGAGAGGACAUGGAAGGGCCAGGAGACACUGAAGAAGACUUUACCAAGGAUGAAGCAAGCAAAACAGAAGAGGCAAAUAAGCCAUUGACUGUUGAAUCGAACCAAGUGAUGCCUGAAAUGCAUCCUCAAGCUUUGGAUGAUCAAACUAAUGAUGGAUUGAAGACAUUAUUGAGAUGAGAAGACUCUUUGAAUAAAUGACACCUCUGAUAGUAUCAAAUGUUGUUAUUGAUACUUGUUUUCAAGGCUGUUCUAGCCGUUGCCUUAAUAUUAAGUUUAAUUUGCACUUUUUAUCCAUCUCCCUAAAUACCCUAAAAUAGCCUUGGGUUUCACUGUCUGCCUCAGUAAAUUAUAUUAAAAAUAGGUUUAUUGGUUUUAUUAAAUAAUUUAAAAUAUUCAGAGAUUGCAAUGUUUAUUGUGGGCUACAGCCAUGUGUUCUUUUUGGUUUAUUCGGCACAAGAAAAGCAAAUUACGUAUUAAGCUGUAACUUCAUGUGAAAAUGUUAUAAAUUACGCCUUGUUUAUUGUGCUACUAUUUUAUACCUAAGUUGUAUAGUCUGUUAAAAUGGGGCUGUUGAGAUUUAAUUGUUGCAUGUUUGCUGUGUUUACCUUUUGGGAUUUUUUUCUUUUUAAUUAAAAUAUCUUUUGCAAA